GAGUAUCGAUGUUUUUAAAAAGAAGAAAACAUCCGCUUGAGGAAGAUACGCGACCAAUUUCAUUAGCUCUAUGUUUGUUUAUGGCCAUAAAUUAGUCGCAUGGAAGUAUCUGCAGAGGGCAGGUGAUAAAUGCUCAUAUUUCAACCCCAGUCAGACUAAGGUAGUGUUUCUGAGGGACAUUUUACAGCGUUACGCUCCUGCUGGGGAAAUUUGUUCUGACACGUGAGGGAAAAAAAAUGGCUUUUGCUAACUUAUUCUCUGGACUGUCUGCUAUGACUGAAGAUGCAGGGAGCCCAGGUGAAUCUGACAUCACAUUCAGCAACAGGACGGAGAAUGGCUCGAGAGGGAGGAAAAGGAAAACGCAGUGGGAGAUUCCCGGCUCGUACAAGAAGAGAUUUCAUCAGUUCCAGUCCAAAGACAACUUUACCUCCCGGAGCAAACCCUGCCAGGAGCAGGUCAUAGAGAGUGAGCGCUCUUCUCCAGCCCAGAAAUACAACCACAGCUUUAACUCCACUUAUAACCUCAGGCAGAACGGCAGCGGUCAGAACUAUCAAACUGAUUCCGGCAAGAAAAAGAAAAUGAAUCGAGGGAAGAAGAAGAAGAAGAAGAAGGGGAAGAAUCAGCAUCAUGAUGAUAGAGGCCCAAGACCAAUAAAGGAGGAGAGACCAAAAUUCAUGACCCAGGAGUUUAAGGACCAGAACGCCCUGUUGGUGGACGGGCGUUUAGUGUGUCGACAUUUUCUCUCCGGACGAUGCAUUAAGGCAGAUCAAUGCCAGCUGGAGCAUUUUCAAGGUUACAACGACAUCAUAAAAGAAGGCUGCAAAUAUUACAUCAGAGGAUUCUGCAUCAACGGGCAGAGCUGCCCUUACAUGCAUGAGUCGUUUCCAUGCAAGUUUUUCCACAAGAAAGGAAACUGUUUGCAAGAAGGAAACUGCAGGUUCUCCCAUGAGCCGCUCAACGACGUCACUGACAAACUGUUGGAGGAGGCCAUGGAACAAGAAAGAGCCUUUUACCAACUUGCAAAGACAAAUAAAGAGGAGUCGUCAGAACAGCAGGCGGACGCACAGGAGACCAAACCUGCUGAAGAAAACAAGAACCCAGAUUUGAUCUCUCAACCUCUCAGGCCAAGCUUUUACAACAGCACGGACGCUGAGAAGGAAUCCCUUGAGCAACCUGAUGUAACAGAACAGUGUGCGUCAGACGCUGACCAGCCUCCCAGCUCUUCACCAAACACUCAGAACCAACAGGAGCCAGUCUGCUACUCGGUGGAAGCCGUACUUGGACCUCAGCUGUCCAGAACUUUCUUCAGUUUCUCUAAAACUCCCGCAAGUCAGGAUUCUUCAUCUGCGUCUCACCCUCGAACUUCUUCUGAUAGACCUCAUCCAAACCAACCCAAAGCCCCCGACUCAGCUGAAGCUGUCUUCAGCUCCUGUAAAUCUGCAGACAAUUCCUCUAACAGCCAAACACCUGAUCGUCCUAGAGAGCGGACCGUAUGUUACGCACCUCAUGUCAUUUCAGAAAAAAUCCAAGCUCCUCCUUUUAGGAAAGAGGAGCCACGUUCAUCUCUCAGAAUUAUAGAGAAUGGAUGUCGACAAACAUUGCCAGAGAGCUUGUCGUGUCUCGAAGUAAAAAAACGCCCGACUCCAGACUCCCUACCAGUUCUCUCUUAUGCAUCUGGGAACGAGAUGGAGGGGCAGAAAACUUGCAUCAAACAAAAGUUGUUGCAUCGUCCAGAGAUGUUUGCGUCUUCCAGAAGCAGAGAAAUUGAGGAUUCGCUGGCAGGAACUAAACCCAGUGACAUCUGUACAGGACAGGCGUGUCUUGUGAAGCCUCCGAAGCCAGAUCUCUCCAAAGGAAGAGGUGCUGUUCCAGAUGAACCCGUAAUUAGAUAUAAUAAAAGAAGAGAAGCAGGUGAUGUUUCAGUUCCUCACUUUGAACUCUCUAAUAUUCUCCCAAGCUUCAAAAGGAAACAUUCAGAUGCCCGACCUGCAACACUAGAACAUCAUUCUUCUAAAAACUCCAUAAAAUCCAGCAGCGACACAACAAAUCAGGGAGAUUUUUCAUCUGAAAGUAAUAAAACCGUGAAAAGAUCGUUCAGUAGCCUUUUUGCAAGCCCGCUCCCUGACAGUGUCACACCAGGAUCAAACUCUUUGACUGCAGCUGUGAGACCUCAGCGGUCUGCGGAUGUCCAGAUACCCUCCUUGCCCUUCUGCAGCCUUUUUGCUUCCCCUCUCGGUGAGAAUUCACCUUCUUUUCCAAGCUCAAAGACUCAAACGGCGGAGUCCAAACAGAGAGACUGUGAUCGAAGGUGCUUCCCAUCCCAGCUUAGAAUGCAUCACAGGCGAGUGUCUUCUAUAUCCUCCCAGAGCUGCAAAACUGAAAACGAUGCUGUGAAACCGCCGUCAGCUGCAGUUUGCAGCAUUUUAUCCGGCUCCGCUUGUGAGCCGUCUUCAAGUCGGACGAAUCAGAACCGGCCUAACGUUUCAUCCCCAAAAGACACUUCAGCACCUUCAGUCCUGAAGUCCCUCUUUGUGCAGCUGAGGCCGUAUCCAGAGGACGGAGAACAAAAGGGCUCCGGUCAGAGAAGAGACCAGUCAGUCUAUUGAGACACCUGGCAGACCAGCAGCCCCCCUCUCAGCCGUUCUCCGUCUGUCACCAGUCCAGGUGUAAGUAAGGCUCAGGUGAACAAAUCUCGCCCACACUGCUCACCUUUCAACCCACUGGCUCCACAGCGGACAGAGAGAGAGAGGCCAGAAUCAGAAGAAAGAGAAUGAAAAAUCUGGAGCAAAACCAAUGAAACAGCUUUUAAAGACUUAAAAACAACAAACCCUACAGACCUGUGAUGGAUGUUUGGAGUUUAGUUUGACCUAGCUUGAUUGCAUUGGCUAGUUUUAAAUAUUUCAUGAUUUGAAAAAUCAAAAUAUGUAAUUUAAUUAAAGUGAAGCAUUUUUUUUUUAGAUUCAAUCCACUCAUAGGGAUAUUUUUCAGUGACAUAUUUCAAGUGUGUGUUUAUGUAAAUUUUUAUUAAAUUGCCUUAUAGCUGAUGAAAACUAGAAAUUCUGUUUCUCAGAAUUUUAUAAAAGGCCAAUAAAAAAAGGAUGUAAUACUU